GCCUAUUGUGUUCUGCACGGAUAUCAUCUGUCAAGAGAGCAUACUAGGACUCUGCCACUAAUCUCUUAUGGAUGAGAUCAAGAGUACGGAUGCUUUUGCUGCACCUGAGGUUGAGGUGCGUCCAGGAUUCUCACCAUCAAGGUUUGUGAAGGUUUUCAUGCAAGGUGAAGUUGUUGGGAGGAAGAUAAAUCUGGCCACUCACCAGAACUAUGCCUCGUUGUCCUUCACCUUGAAAAGAUUAGGCAACAACUAUUCUAUGCCAUCAUGUGAACUUAAUGGGUUAGGAAACAAAGAAGUUGAUGGGCCAUCAGAUGACAAUAACUUCAUUCUUUUCUAUGAUAACGUGGAUGGUGAUCGUUUCUUCCUUGGAGAAGUUCCAUGGGAGAUUUUUGUCAUUUCUGUCAAGAGGAUCUACAUUGUUCCUGUUCCACAGGACCAAGAGAAUGUUGCAGACAAUGAAGAGGAAGAGGAAGAUAGAGAGAAUGGUGAAGACAAUGUUGCUGCUAUUUCUGCUGCUCCCCAAGAUGGAGAUGAUACCCCAGCUAAUGAUGAUGAAGAUGAUGAGGUUGUUGAAGAUGGAGAUGCUAUGGCCAAUACUCUUGCUGAUGGAGUUUCUGAGGAGUAGCCAACAAAUGUGAAAAAUAAGCGGCAUGCAAGCAUGGUUGUGUUUGAAGCUUGGGUGUUGCUUCGUAGCCAACACAAGUUUCAAGUGCACCACUUUAGUUUCUACUGCAUGCUUGUUUUGCACGGUUGGACUAUUUUUAGUUAACUACUCAUGAUAUGCGCACUUUACAUAGUGCAAGCAAGUUGGUGUUGGACACCGAAUAAGUUGAACCUUAUCAUGCUAUAACCUGUGUUCUACUGGUUUAGCGAUGUAU